CACCAGUUACGUCUGACCGUAAAAAAUAGAAACUUCCAAGAUGGCCGAAGCCGUGGACUCCAUGCAUUUCGCAGCAAACAGCAAAACAAAUUCCCCUAAACCCCUGAUAGCUAAACGACCGCCGGAGAGCCGCCCGCAGUCUUCCAGUGACAUUUACCCGCCGACCCCUAAGAAGGUGCGGGUGGAGGAGAAGGGCCUGAAGCACAGGAAAGUGAACGGGGAGGUGUGCGCAGGGGAAAAACACAACGGGAAGCAGAGUUGUGGGAGCCCAGCGAAAUGGAGUUUCGGCUCGGCCAAGGCGAGCCACUCCACCGCCGCCGCGGUCCCGAACACUCCCGCGCGGAAAAUCUUCAAAAUCAGCAACUUCCUCGCCUCGCCCCACAAGGCCAAGAAGGCGAAAGAGAAACGGCCCAGGGAGAAGGAGAAGAGCAACGAAGCGCCGCGGAGCGCCGCCGCCGACGUGGGGAGAGUGAGCCCCGCUGGCGGCCAUACAAAGACCGAGAACGGAGACGUGAAGGCGCUCCGGAGAGAUCACCACGCGAAGGAGAAGGACGGGGAGAAGAAGAAGAAGGAGAAGAGCAGCGAGUGGAAAAAUCACAUGUUGACACCUGUAACGUUGCAUGACUUUGCGAGAGAAAACGGAGAAGUGAAAGAGACUAAUGAGAAGCCCAACGCUGGGUCUGAAGAUGACCUCCGGCUGAAGAAACUCAAGAAGAAGAAGAAAAAGAAGCACAAAGAUGGCGAGCGAGUGAAGGAGAGGCACAGCCGACCCAAAAUGUACCAUCGCUCAUGCCAGACAGUGUGUUCGGGGGUGUCUCUGGGUCCGCCCGAAUUCCUCGGCCGGAUUAAUGGGAACAACAGCGUUAACAGCAGCGGUCUGCUCCGCGCCUCCUCAGCACCACAACAACACCGUGAACCUCCGGCUGUUUCUGCCUCCAUCACCUCCAUGGUCAGGGAGAGACUCGGAUACAGCUCCCCGCUCCACUGCACCCCGUCCCCGGGCCUGUCGGGCCUGGAGUUCGGCCGCCUGAUCCACGUCGAGCAGCAGGCCAACGGCGGGGCAUCCGUGGCGCACGCCUACACCGAGCAGCUCUCCGCUCUGUCUCCGGCGGAGAUGCAGCGCUUCGCCCAGGAGUUCGUGGCCCUGUCGUUCAGCGAGGACGAGGCCCAGGCGGCGUGUUUUGUGAUGGGAAUCGUCCACGGAGCGGCGUCCUACCUGCCGGACUUUCUGGACUACUUCUCCUACAAGUUCCCCAAUGCGCCGGUGAAGAUGGAGGUUCUCGGGAAGAAGGACAUAGAGACGACAACCAUGGUCAACUUCCACUCUCAGGUGAAGCGGACGUAUUCCCAGGGGACGUACCGCGCCGGCGCCAUGAGGCAGGUGAGCCUGGUGGGUGCGGUGGAUGAGGAGGUUGGAGACUACUUCCCCGAGUUCAUCACCAUGUUGGAGGAAUCGCCCUUUCUGGAGCGGACUCUGCCCUGGGGAACGUUCUCCAGUCUGCGGCUGCAGAGCCCCACCGAGAGCGACGACGGUCCCAUAAUGUGGGUCCGGCCGGGAGAGCAGAUGAUCCCCAUGGCCGACAUGCCAAAAUCACCUUUCAAAAGGAAAAGGUCCACCAAUGAGAUAAAGAACCUGCAGUAUCUACCCAGAGCCAGUGAGCCCAGGGAGAUGCUGUUUGAGGACCGGACGAGAGCCCACGCUGACCACAUUGGUCAGGGGUUCGAGAGGCAAACUACCGCUGCCGUGGGUGUGCUGAAGGCUGUCCGCUGCGGAGAGGACAGUGCCGCUCCCGGGCGGAUCACCAAAGACGUUGUGUGUUUCCACGCUGGAGAUUUCCCAGAAGUGGUCAUGAGGCUGCAGCUGGACCUCCACGAACCGCCGCUGUCUCAGUGCGUGCAGUGGAUCGAUGACGCCAAGCUGAACCAGCUGAGGAGGGAGGGGAUCCGAUACGCCCGAAUCCAACUCUACCACGACGAUAUCUACUUCAUUCCCAGAGGAGUCGUCCACCAGUUCAAAACGGUCGCUGCUGUUUGCAGUCUGGCCUGGCACAUCAGACUCAAACAGUAUCACCAACAUGAAGAGAAGGAGGACGAAGACAAGUGUGCACUCAGAGAAGAAACCUUUCAUAUCAAAGAGGAGGAGGACGAGGACGAUGAAGACAGCGAUGAGGAGGUUGAGAGGAGGUACUGUGAGCCUGUUGUGCAGCCGCUGAUGAAGCUGCAGCACGUGGACAAUGAGCGGGAGGAAGAGGCGCCCUCACAAACUCCAACUUGGGUUUUCAAGGAGGAAGAGCAGGAGAACAGAGCCGAGGUGAAAGGGUUGUUAACGACGCAGUUUAUAUCAUUUGUCAACAAGGAGAGAGAGGAAGGUGCACUCGCUCACACUCCAGCGGAGCCUAAAACUGAGGCGAACGAGGAAGGUAAUGGAGGGAGAGAUGGAGGUGCAAACCCACGUGAGACACUGCUGAAGGGCAAUGGCGAGGCAGCAGUGGACAAUUCAUCCUUGAGGUCACUGCAGCAAAUGAGGAAGGAGAAUGAAGUAGAGGAGGAGAGGCAGCAAAAGACAUCUGGUCACGGUGUAAAGGAGAAAACUAAAGAUAGUUCAAUGAGCACUUACAACUCCCCACAAAUCAAAAAGGAGAAAGAUAAAGGAAGAAGAGAGCGCGAUGAAAAGGAAAGGUUUAAAGAGAAGGAGAAGAAGGACAAGGAGAGGAGUAAAGAGAAGGAAAAAGACAAAAAGGAUAAGGGUAAAGACCUGGAGAGAGAGAAGGACAGGGUGGGAGAGCCGGAGAGAGUAAAGGGGGAGGGAGGAAGAGACGGCGGCGGUCCAUUGAGGAAAAAGGAGGAGGAGGAGCGGGUAAGAGAGGGCGUUAAAGCCUCUCAAACGGCUGCGCCUGCACAGAGAGACGAGAAGUUGGCCAAGGAGUGGGACUUAAAGACGCAACCCCACAUCAAGAGAGAGAAGGAGCACGAUAAGGACAGGGGAGUCACACAGGGGGCGUUGGCCUUGCGAACGCACCUGGAGGAGGCCCGCGACGCCUGUUUGCACAAACACAAGUCUUUGCACGGCAGGAAGGAGAAGAGCGGUCACAGGGAGAGCAACGCGUCCAGCGCACAGGGGCCGCCGGCGAAGUCGGGGAGAGAGGACGUGAAGGCGGGCGUUCCCAAACCUGCCAGCGUUCAGGUUAAGAAGGACGGAAAGAAGGACAAGGACGCCCAUGGCAGAGAGGAGAGGAAGAAGUCCAACUCCGGGGCAGCGCCACCAGAACACAAACCGCCGCGGACACUCAUCACCUUUGACCUCUUCGAGCCGAUGGAGGCUCACCAGACUCUGGCCCUUUCCUUCACAGACAGUCGGCCUAAGAGCCACCACCACGCUGACUCCAGAGGCUCCUCCUCCAAACCCGUAUCGGACAAUCGGACAGUUGUGCCCUCAAAAGGUCCAAAAGUGAAGGACACGGUGCAGGGGAAAUGUGUCCCGCCCCUACAGGCCACUCGACCGCCGCAGCACUUGUUAAAACAGCCCCUUAAAACACACACAGUCCAGACACAGAAAGACUUAUUAAUAUGAAUGUCUAGAUGUCUAGUCUUUUUUUACUGUACAACUUACUCUGACGCUUUGUUAAAGUAUUUGAAAAUGCAUCUUUCCUCCAGACAACUGCUCUUUUAUGGGUGUAAUUUACGUGGUCACAGGCAGAUUAUUCCUGUGAGGGCGCAGGAAAAAGGAUGCACGCUCCAAGUAUUUUAUCAGCGCCUAAGAAUGUAAGCUAAGUAGCUCACUUCACGUUUGUUAGCAAAUGUAUGUAGGCUCUAUAUAAAACGUUCUUAAAGCAACUAUUUAGGUACUAGACAAGCCAAUCUGAAAACAACCCUCCUUAUUCCAGCUAUAGGGAAUUCACUGUUUGGGACACUGCUGAAAUCCUCUUCGCCGCGUUGCUUUAGUAGACGGGCAUUGUUGUUUAUGGCGCUCCAAAACCGGAGAAAGUAGUUGUUUUCGGACUGGACGUUGGUUGACUCACACAGGGCUGUAAAUGAUACUGUAUGUAUCAAAACUGUACAUUAGGUUAUAAGCACCAAUGCGAGAAAUGUAUACAAAAAUUGCAUAUAUUUUUUGUAAGACAAGUUUUGGUUCCAUAGAACUUAUUUAUAUCAUUUGUCUGUUUUUAUUUGAAACCAAUGUAUGUGAAAAUGAUGUUGUAAAUACAUUUGAUUUCCUAAGAUAAAACUUGGUAUUGUGAUUUAUACUCUGAUGAGAACCUCAAUAAAUGGUUCAAAAAUA